AAUAAAACAAUAUUUAUAUACAUCUAAUUGUAGUUUUCCUGAGAUUUCUCCAGCAACCAGAUUAGAUUAGCCACUCCUCCGUUAGCAUACGGAUGCAGGCAAUGAUAGCUAACAGCUAGCUAGUGUUUUCGCAAUUUCGAAAGAUGGCUGGGGACUUGGAAGGUUUUGCGCUGGAAAAAGCCGAACUGUUUUCCAGCCGUUUGAAGGAGCUCCUGUCCGCGGGGCAAGGGUAUGUUCGGGCUCAGUUCGGGGUGGAUUUGGGGCUGAAGCCCGAGCUGUACCCGACGUGGGUCAUCCUGUCCACGGCCGCGGUGGGUCUGCUGCUGCUACUCUGUCUGUCCUGGGUCGCCGUCUGCGGCGGUCUGCUCGUUGGGAAAAAGCGAGGAUCCCCGCUCACCCAAAGCAGCGGUGAACCUAACAAGGCCAAUCUUGUCAAAACUACGAAACCAGAAGAGCAGAAGAAGAGGAACAAAAAGAAAACGCUUGAAAAGAAAACUCAGUCCAAUGGGCAACCAGUGACUGUUGCUCAGGAGGAAGUUAAAGUGACUCCUGUGGUUUCCAAGCCUUCCUCUGACAUCAAAACCGAGAAGGUCCAUGGGGUACAGGCCCCAGUGCAAGUGAAAAAGAACAAAAAGAAAACCAAGACAGAUGUGAAACCAGUCCAACAUGUGACUACAAAUGACACGAAGGAACCUGAUGAUGGUGCAUGGGAGACCAAAGUCAGUAACCGAGAGAAGAGGCAGCAGCGCAGAAAGGACAAGGGCCCUGAGGACUCUGGUAGUUCAGGGGGUGUGGAGACCCCCAAAACCCAUGUGAUAGCACCUGUAGCCACAGCACCUACCAACACCAAGAAGAACAGAGGAAGCCAUGAGUCACUGCCUUCAAGAACCACCGGAAAGGGGGAUGUUGCCAGUGGAGCUGUGUCCUCCAGCUGGAGAGAGGAGCCUUCAGUCAACGGUGUAGGAUGGACUGACAUUUCCAGGAAGCUCUCAGGUCAGAGAGGUGCUAUGGAGGGAACCAAGUGGAGUAACGUGUCCACAGCUCCACAUUACAGGGUCGCAGCCGAGCCCCAGCGCUGGACACAGGAGACGCAAGCAGCAUGGAGUGGCAUUGAUGGUCGGAUAAAGACUGAACUCAACCCUGUGUCUUUCUCUAUGCGGAGACUAAACACCACAGAGCCAAUAUCAAAUUCUGUUGAGCUGCAGUGGGCAAGCCACCGAGAUGCUGACGAUGAAUGGUCUGGAUUCAAUGGGAUGGCAGCAGCGGAUCCCAGCUCUGACUGGAAUGCCCCAGCAGAGCACUGGGGAAACUAUGAAGAGCCUCCUGUGUCCUUGACACCAGCCCCUCCGCUGAAGCAACAGCCACCCCCCAACAAGGUAUCAGAGGAUGAGAAGGACACAGAGGAUCCCUCUGGGGGAGCAGCCAAAUCCAAGAAGAAGAGGAAAAAGAAGAAGAAAACAGAAGAGGAGGCUGCAUCCGAGCCUCAGGUGGUGAGCGCUGCACCCCUGGUCAAUGCAGGGCCCAAACCCCAAGAGCUUCCAGUGAUGGCCUCCAAAAAACUGAAUCCCAGCAUAUCCUCCUCUCAGAAGAAGUCUGAGCAGACUGCGGAGCCUCCGAAACCCUCCCAGAAGAAAAAGGUCCGAAGAGAAACAUGAAGUCACAUCACAGGUCUAAACAAAGCAUAUGCAAAUGAUUGUUAAAUGUGUCACAUGCAAUAAUUACCAGGUACAGAGUUAGAGAGUCUGAGAUACAUGAACAGUUUGUUAGUUACCGAAACAAAAAGAAAACAAGCAGUGGAUAUCACCUGCUUGGCUAAAUAUAGAGAUGAAAUGUGGUCCUGUGGACUAAAAUCUUAACUAAUUUGCACUAUUUGCUACACUGCAAAAAGAGUGGAGUUUCAGGAGCGGUAGACUUGCAGUGGAGGUACAUGUUUAUGUAAUUAUUUUUCAAUGGCAUCAAAGGUGUUUUUUUCUCCAAGAGUGUUCUUUAUAAUUGUGGAACAAAAAAAAAAACAUAAAUGCUUUUUCUUCUUCUUGAUUUUUUUAGGAAAAUUUAAGUUCCAAUACAACAAUACAUUUUUACUCCCCAGAAUGUUGCACUUUGUUUUGUUUUUCAUGCUGCUGCCCGUAAAUCAAUUACUGAAAUCUUUGAGAGCCAGCAGCAUGUCAGUUCUGGUUUCAAAUCCAUAUUAAAGGAUUGGUUUGGAUUUUUUUCAAGUUUAUUUCAAUACAACACUCUGAUCCCGUACAUAUGUUAAAAUUGCCUCUGUAAUCAUCUCUCCAGUUCAUUCUGGCCAUGAAGUGAUAACAUCAUAGAGCAGCUAAGAGACAGGAGACAAAAAUCCACACCUCUUGGUUUAUGCACAAAUGCAUUCUAAAGUUCAGCCAAAGCUAAUAUGUGGCUUCAGCUAAGUUACUGUUUGCCAAAUUGAUUGAUUUUUUUGCUGAUCUGUGGCAGAGGAAAACGUCCUGGUGUUAGCAUAAAGGUUUGUUGCCAGAACAAACCACAGGUAAUAAACUUACAUAUGACUGCCAGGACAAAGGCUGAUUUGAUGACUCUUAGACUGCUGAAGCCUCCGAUUAGUUGUGACUGAACUUUAGAAUGCAUUUUUGAACAGCACAUACACUAUGUAUUUUGUAACCUAUUUCUUAAAGUGUAUGGGCUAUACGAAGGUAUUGCUACACAACUUGUAUGAACGAGUCAUUUUAACACUUCCAACAUAUGACAUAAAAAGACUUGAAAAAAAUCCAAACUUGACCUUUAAAGUAAGAUUCCCUAACAGCGAAUCUCUUCGAGUGCAGCUCUCUGUCUGUAGGCUCCUUUUUAUGAGGAAUGGCAGCUGUGCACAGGUUGAAAUCCAUCUCAGUCACUGUGGUGGGUUGUUUCACAGCAGGAAAAAAAAAAAAGUAUCGUGGCCAUAGAAACUUCUCAACACCUCCUACAGUGUAAUCCACCUCUUCAUUGUUUUGCGAAGGCUGCAUAUUUAGCCAUAUUUUGUUGAAACUAUAAUGAGAAAUUGGAACAAACUGACAGCUGAAAAGCUACUGAUUCAUCAGUCGUGUAUAAGGACAGAUAAUUUUCUCAAUGAUGACGCUAAAUUUGAAAUUUAGACGUAAAGGAGUUCCGUAUUGACACUGGGACUGUUAUGUAGAGAGCACAGUAACCUGAUAUCAACCACCAGGAGGCACUGUAAAGUGAAGAAAAGGAGUUGUGGGAUUAUUCCAUAAAUCAGUAGCACUAUUGUGUCACUAAUGUCCCUUUACUUUUAUCAUUCUGAGCGUGUCUAUCUUUAUCUGACUAGACUGUGCAUUGAUUUUUCUAGAGAUUUAAUGGUCCCUUCUGAACUCUUAAUGAUUUUUUAAGACGUUUUCUUCUGAUUUUUGUGCUAGAAAAAGCCAUGCCAUAUGUACAGAUUGUAAGGGCUUUUUUCCAGUUCUGUGAUUGCACUGUGCAAAAGGCUGUAUUGAUUUUUUUUUAUGUCAAAUGAAUUGUUUUUUACUACCUUUCUGUGGAAUGUGAAAUCUGUAACUUUUUUGGUUUGUACCUGACUUCCAGGAUCUUUAGUAUGACGGGGAAAAUGUUUUUUGAUGUAAAUUGAGAGUGAAAACAUACAUAGAGAUAUGAUAUGGAGCAGCUUUAAUUCCACAUCAAAGUUGGUUUCAAAGAAGACACACACACAAACACACAAUUACACAUAUUAAAAGGAAUUUAAUUCCAUUGCCUUAAAUUGUAGAUGUAUAGCAUUGCCGUCCUUUUUUAUAGUUUCCAUCUAAUUGCAAGUUUUGAUGUCAGAAUAAAUUUCAUUGCAUGACUUUGAUAAUAGUACUUGUGUACAAGAAAUUAAACGAAUGAUCUCUUGCUUUAACUGUUAGUACUUGGUCCUGGAGUACCACUCAAUGUGCAUACUGUAAUGGCUUUUUUUUUUUAAGGAGUCAAAUUGCAGCUUUUCUGUGGGCAUCCAAUUAAGUGGACAUUAACAGGAGUCUGUUGCUGGUAGGCAAAGAGCCUUAGUGCAUCAGUGUUGAUCAGCUGGUGGUGGUACAUAAUUGUUUGUUGGUAGAUCUGAUAGAACAACAUGAUAUGUUGCUGUGGCUUCAGGCACCCUUUUUUUUUUUUGUUUAAUUUUUACUGAUUAAGAUGAUUCGAUCAAUGUAUUUAUAAACUUGUCUCUAGGAAAUGGUUUUUGUGAAUCAUUUUGUCUAUUGAGGAGAUACAAAUGAUAUUUCUAUGUCUGUUUGUUAAAAAUAAAAUAAAUAAAUAAGAAAUGCUUGA